UCUCUCUCACUCUCUCUGUAAUCUUUUAUAUAAACUUUUUUUUUUUUCAUUACAAUCUUAGAUUUUCUUAUAUUUCACUUAAAAUCAUGAAAGCUAAAGAAAUGAAGAAAGAGAGCAACUUAGCAAGGUUGGUGAAAUCUCCGGUUCGUUUCUUGAUCAUGGCACGUGACGCUUACAUACGUAGCAUGACGUCAUGUUCCGCCGGUUUCAUCCGCGGUGGUGGUGGCUCCAGCGGUUUUGGCUUACCGGCCGGUAAUUUCCAAAUCUGCGAAGCACCGAGCACUCUUCUCCCUCGUAGCUUCACCCUGAAUUCCGCCACGACAACACGUGAACGUUGCCGGUUUGUCACAAGCUGCUCACGUGGCGCCGGCAGCGGAGAAAUCACGGUGGAAACGGCGGCGAUGAGACGACAAAUGGAUCUCCGGAGAAAUUACAGUUGUAUGGUUAUGGGAAGGAUCGAUGAAGAGAAGGCACUCUGAAAGAUUCGAACUUGGGACAUGACACUACUUUAGAGACUACAUAACCACUAGACUAACCAGUUUCUUAAUAAUAUGGGUCUAAAAUCUUUGUUAUAUUUUGUGGCCUAAAGCGCUUUAUAGGUGGGUCGGGCCUGUCGUUCGGUGUUUCUUUUUGUUGUUGUUAUAGCAUUUGUAUGUCUUUCUAUUUUCCUUGGCGUAAUAUUGGUGUAAUGUAAAGUGUUUCGAAGAGUUCUUAUGUGUUUGCGCAUGACUAAGUGUUUUGAUCCAAGUGUUUCUCGAACAGUUUUGGCCUGUUUUGACUAAGUGCUUCGACUAACGUGUGAUUUGCCUAAGUGCUUCGAGUAAGGUGUGAGUUUUACCUAAAUGUUUCGGCUCGAGUGUUUCGACUAAGUUAGUGAGUUUUGCGAGUUUUGCCUAUGUCUUCGACAAAGGUGUGAGUUUUUUGCCUAACUGUUUCGACUAUAGUGUGAAUUUUGCCUAAGGGGGUGU